CGCCGCCAUCGGCCCAUGGGGGCGGGGCCGAGCGGCGCCCUCCUAGGCGGCGGCCGAGCGGUGGCUCUGCCCUGCCCGGCCAUGGACUACGCGGGGCUCGCCGAGGCGGCGGCCGAGAAGAUGGGGCUUUACCGGCGGGACCCCGGCGGCUGGCGGGGCUGCCGGCGCACGAGCGAGGUUUCGGUUUCUUGGAGACCCUCCGCGGAGUUUGCUGGCAACGUGUACAGGGGAGAGGGGAUCCUGCCUGCCAGCCCCCACGAUGUCUGGGAAUUCAUAAAGCCGGUGGCCGGCGGGCCCAGGACCAAGUGGGACCAAAACGUGAAGGACUUCGAGGUCGUCGAAGCCGUCAGCGAUACUGUCUCUGUAUGCAGAACCACAACUCCUUCAGCUUUCAUGAGGAUUAUUUCACCAAGAGAAUUUGUGGAUGUGGUACUAAUGAAGCAAUUUGAAGAUGGGACGAUGCUGUCUGCUGCCACCAAUGUGGAACACCCGCUGUGUCCUCCUCAACCAAAUUUUGUGAGAGGUUUUAAUUACCCCUGUGGCUGUUUCUGUAUACCUCUUCCAGGGGAGCCAGACAGGACUCAACUCCUCAGUUUCUUUCAGACUGAUCUUGGUGGCUAUCUUCCCCAGACGGUGGUGGAUUCCUUCUUUCCAGCUAGUAUAGCUGGAUUUUACAGUAACCUGACCAAAGCUGUUAAGGCACUAAAAGCGUGACAAGACCAAUUGCUGACAUCACCAGCUGAGGGUAGGAAAAAACCUGGCAGCUUGAGGGUAGAAGUAGGAAGUUGGCCUACAGGACUUUUCUACCAGCAAAGAUACUCAGGAAAGGUGAAAGGGGAACAAUGAAUUGAGUAAAGCAAAUGUUUAAAACAGCACUUUCUACCUGUCUCUAUGCAAAGCAAUGCAUUCUUUUCUAAUACGAUAUCCUACAUUUUCAUAAUUCGAAAAAUACCACACCAGAGGCUGGAAGAAUCCUGAAGGCAGCACUGGUGGCUGUCUGUGGGGAGAAGGCGCACGUACUGGAUCUGUUCUCAGCCACACUGUGUCAGUGUCUGUGAGGAGGAGCAUUGGUAAAAUCUGCUUAGCUCUACAGCAUUAGCCAGGUGCAGGCCAGCCCUGGUUUGUCUAUGAAGCUCCCUGUAGACGCCUGUGGAACAGGCAUUGCUUCCCCAAAAGAAGAGGUAGCUGUUGUGCUGCCAGCACUUGUAGAGCUGCUGAGAUGCUUCAGUGGGUCCAAACCAGCAAAUGGUAAAAGACAGAACAAAUUGGGAUGUGUGGAGGAUCCCACUUGUUUGUUCCAGCAGACUUCAGUACUGAUGGUAAAUAUGCCUUACGUGCUUUUUUUCUAAAUCAAGGUCUAGCAGUGCAAAUCAAUUCGUAGGUCUGUGGGUUGGCAAACAGGCACUCUUCCUUUCUCCCCUCUGUACCAAAACCAGUGAUUUCCACAAUGUUGUGAAACAAACUGCACUGUCAUAGUGGCAAUAAAGAGGAUUAAGCACUUUACUUGCCAUUUUUUAAACUGCACUUGAAAUGACCAUUUUUAACUGCACUUGUAUGUUUUUUGGUCUCCUGUGGUGAGAGGUUUUAACGGGUAAAUAAUCUUUUCUGUAGCUUAAUCUUGACUUGACGGUCCAUAAGGACAUUGGUUUUUUCUCUAAGACUGGUUUGCCUCACAGCACUAUCUUGGGAAACCAGCUUCUGAUCUUGUGUGCAAUGAUGCGUCCAGGUUUAGAAAAUACUUAAUGGUGCUGGUUACUGCAGGAAUGUCAGACAUUACUAUGGAUUACAUAUAAUUACAGAAGGAAAACUAAUUGCUGAAUUAGGAAUUUAAAUGCAGGUUGUGAUUUUAAUGCUGUAGCUCAAUUAUUUAACAAGGUUAAUAUGCUCUGCUUUCUGUUGCUGUAUUUGUUUUAUAUUUAGUAUAGGGCAUGGACUUGAACACAAAGUUUCCUACUGUAAAUCUUACCCUAUGGAACAGAACUUUCAAGGAAUCAGUUUUUAAUCUAGUCUCCUGUGUCUACAAAGAUGUAAAAACUUGUAUGAGUGUGAUGUAAUAAAUAUAUUUGUGCUACA